UGCCCUAAAAAGGUUGUUGCUAAAGCUUGGGUUUAUUGUAAAGGUUAUUUUUGAAGUUUAGUAAUAUAAAUAUUAUAAAAAUACUUUAUAGUUUCUAGUCUGGAAUGCAAGAAACUUGGAGAUCACUCCCUUUUGUUCCUCCAGUAAGAAAAAUACUUUAGUUUUGUCUUUUUUAAAAAAAAGUCUCUGACUUAUCUCCUGAUAUUUAUCACAAGGCAGACUGCUGCUCUACAUAGAGAGACAAACUGGUGGACACUGAGGUUCGCCACUGUUAGCACAGCAGACCCUGCUCCACGGUUGCCUAGCACUGGGUUAAUCAGCAUACCAUGUGUGACAAUUUGGAGAAAAAAACAAACAUUACAGACACGUUUAGGUAUAACAUAGAUAUGAGAAUUAAUAGCUUCCUGUCACUAUGAUGAUAUACCUGAUACAAUUAUAAAGAGAAAAGGUUUAUUUUUGGUUCAUAUUCUAAGGUUUGAGGCCAGACAGCACAGUAUGGAAGGCAUGCGUGGAAGAGCAUCACCAGUUCUCUCAUGUUCCAGGGAUCAGGAAGAAAUAGAAUAGAGGUGUGGAUCCCGCAGCCUCUUUGAAUGUGUGUCCCAGUGACCUGAAGGCUAGGCCCCACCUUCUAAAGGUCUACUACAGCUCCCAAUAGCACCACCCUGGAUAUCAAACAUUUAACACAGUAGCUUUUGUGGGUCACUCUAAGUCCAAGCUAUAGUAGAUGCUGACCUGAACGUCUCACGGACUUUGGCAUCUGCAGUGUGUUCAGUUCUAGAAACAGGCUAGGUACCAUAUACCAUGGUCCCCUUCUUCUGGGACCAAAAGUACAAGGGCCCUGUGGUAGAUACAGCGAGUCUUGGAGUCAUCCUCUAUAUGACAAUCACUAGAUCCCUGGCUUUUGAUGGAUAGAACAUAGUGUAAGUGUAGGAGUAGACAGAGGAUUAUAAUACAUUCCCCUGUAUCUGUGAUAUAUGAAAACUUGAAAUAUCUGGUCUUCAAUAAUCUGAUCAUCAGAAAGAUGAGCAUGUUAGAGGGAAUCCUGAAGGUACCGAUGAACAAAUGGAGGCCAUGAAGCGUGUGAUGGCUUAAAUGAGAAUGCCCCUUCUCCACACACCUACAUAGGCUCAUAUAUGUGUGUUCUUAGUUUUUAGUUGAUGAACUGUUUGGGAGGAUUAGGAGGUGUGUUAUUGUUGGCAGGUUUUGAGGUUUGAAAAGUCCAUGCCAGGCCCAGUGUCUGUUUGUCCGUUCAUUCUGUCUGUCUGUCCAUCCCUGCAGCCUGUGGAUCAAGGCUAUAAUGUUUGCAACUGUCUGCUUUUCACCAUGCUGAUAAAUGGACUAACUCUUAAACUGUUAACAAGCCCCCCAGUUAAAUGUUUCCUUUGAAAGGAGUUGCCUUGGUUUUAGUUAGUCUCUUUGCAGGAGGAGAACAGAAAGAUAAGAUAAAGAGGAACUGAAAGUUUACAGAGAGCCACUGGUUGCUAUAAUCUUCUACCCAAGAUGCUGCUGUCUAUGGGCUAAGAUUGGGAUGAGACUCAUUUUGGGCCAGAAGUGCAAUCAAGGAGUAAGCAGUCAUCAGACCACAGGCUCUAAGAGACCUUGAGAGCUCACCAUCACUGUAGAACCCCUGCCUCCUUGAAAGCAGUAGGGCUAAACAAACAUCGCUGUAAUAGAACGAAUAUAGAAAUUUGAGCUGUGUACUCUGUAUUUCACAUGUUCAGGACUCUAGGAACAACAGAAAAAAAAAGACAAAUACAUUUCACAUAUAAAUACCUAAUUUUUUUUUAAGUAUAAAGAGCACCAUAAGCAAUAUGAAAGAAAGCCAAGGACUAAUCUGGGCAGUGUUUACAGGGACAGAGGGCUAAUGCUCUUGCCAGAGAUUUAUUCUUUUGUUAUUCAUUUAUUUAUUUGAGAUAAAAAUCUCACUAUGCAGCUUAGACUGGCCUUGGAAUGUAAUCCUAGCUUUCCUUAAACCUAUGAUCCUCCCUGCCUCUGGCUCCCAGUGUUAGAAUUAUUGGCAUGUGUCACCAGCCAGACCUUACCAGAGAUCUUAAAAAUCAAGCAACAAACUCCAUAAAAAGUCAUGAAAGUAAAAUUGACAUACAUACCGUGCAAGUUAAACCUAAGUUAUUCUUCCCAUCACAUUGCUACAUACAAAAUAGAUUGUUAGGUAAUGGUGCUGAUGGGAAGUUAUGUUGAUAGAAUUUUCUCUGUGACAGUUUGGUAACAUAGAAAAGUUUUUAUGUGUAUAUGGUAUGACUAGGAGCUCCUCUUUAAAUUUGAUGCAAGUAAAUAUUGACAAUAUUGUGUAACAACUAUUCAUUGUUAGUCUAAUAAUAGGGUAAAAUUGGAUUGUGUGAAUUCCUCUUGUGAAAUAAUUAUUUUAUCAGUAUAAUGGAAAAUCAAGCAGUCACAAAAAUGAUGUAGACUUGUUUUUGUCUAGUGGUAUGGAAUGAUGUUCAUUAUAUAUGUAAUUUAGGUGCAAAGAUCAGGUUGUAAAGUGACACGUAGUGACAUUUGCAAAUAAUGUUCCAGAUUGAACAAGACUAUAUAUAUUUGGUAUAUGCAUGUACCAAAAUGUUUUUAAAAGGGCUGGUUAUCUCAAUGAUGCUUUUAAUUGUGGUCACACUGUGUAGAGUGUCCUUCUUAUGAGCCAACUGGAAGCAGUGAAGCAUUCAAAUAGGGCAGGCAGGUAGAGGUUGGGAGGUGAAGAUGGGCCCGGAGGCCAUCUUCCCAUAGCAUUUGCCCUAAGUGGCCUCAGAUGGAAGUGGGCCUGCAUGCAGGUGGAACCCAAGUGUAGUCAGUGCAGGGGCUGGAAGAAGGGCGGCAGGGCGCACCUCAGGCUGGGUAGGUGAGCCACCUGCGCCCCUGGCCGGAAGAGUAAAACCGGAAGGGUAAGCGGGCUGCACUCCGGCCGGAAGGGUGAACCAGCUGGCUUCUCUGUCAGCUUUCUCUUCACAGUACUCCGCCUACCAGCCAGGCACCAUGAGGUUUCGGGCCAGGAUCACCAGCAGGAGUGUUCUAGAACUCUUUAUCCAAGUCAGCGGCACCGUAACAAAGCUGGCGAAGGUCUGUGUGCUCCGCGUGUGUCCGGACAGGCUGUGCUUCUGCUCUACAGGCCUGCCGGGUGAGGCCCGGCUGUGGGGUGAGGCGAAGCGGGGCGUCUUCCACCACUUCUGCAUGGAGGGUGUUUCGGAGGAGUUCAAUGAGAUCUAUCUAGAGCUGAUGUCUGAGCAUCUGGCCAGAGCCAUAAAAAAUGCGGGCUACGCUUCAUCCCUGAAGCUCCAACUCACCAACAAGCUUCGUCCCUGCCUCACUGUGGUGGUGGAGCUGGCGUCAUGUCCAGGCCACACCCGUGCCAUGGUCCACGACUUACCUGUGAAGGUGCUUCCUAGAAGGUGGUGGAAAGAGUGCACCGAGCCCCGAGUUUGGGCCUCUGAUGUGAGUGUUUAUCUGCCAUCUUUGAAAACCCUGAAGAACAUGGUGGAGAGGAUGGCAAACGUGGGCAAUCGUGUGCUUGUGGAAGCAAAUCUAAAUGGCAAAAUGAACUUGAGUGUAGAAACUAAUGUCGUGACUAUUAAAAGCUAUUUUAAAAAUCUUGGAAAUCCUCCAAAGGCUGUUAUGGAUACGACUCAAGGUGAAGACCCAGAGAACAUGGUGCAAGUGAGGGUGGACAAUAGGAAGCUUCUACUAUUUUUUGAAGGACAGCAAAUAAACCCCACAGUGGCCCUAUGUAAUAUUUUGAGCAGUACUCUGCUUCAUCUUGUUUUGGUUCACGAUGGUAUCUCUCUUCAGUAUUUUAUCCCUGCUUCAUAAAUAGUCAAGCAGUCCUGCUUUUCUUUUUCAAAGAAAUCUUAAUUCAAGAUCUUUCCAGAACUGAAACUGAAUUACUUGAAAGAAAAGCCUGCUCCCGGUGGAUUAUGUAGGGUGUUUGCUUUGUUGAGUGCUCCCUUUGUAAAAUGUUAGGAAAUAAUUGGAGAAAUAAUUGAAUAGUUCAUGUGCCUGCUUUUUGGCUUUGACAGUUAAAUUAUAUUCAAUUUUGUUGUUUUGCAAAAAAAGGAUUGUAAUAAAAUAAAAUAGCUGAAUCCUGAAACAAUUGUAUUACUUUAUUAUGAAAUACUAUUGUGAAGAAUGAGAAAUUUCUUCUCUUAAAAUAAACAUUAUUUUGAGAGACUUUUAACUUAAUAAGCUCAGUUUCUCUGAAAAGUAUAACAUGGAUUUUGUACUAGUGUGUACACCACAUAUUUAUUAAAAUAUGUUUUGUCUGGGUUCCAGUUUUGGGGAACAUUUUGAGAAAAUUCCAAGAUCUGCAGGUUUGUGCCUAUGCUUGAACAGUAUAUAUUUGACUUUCUAAUAACAUGGAUUUGAAUUGCUUUGGUCCACUGAUUGGCAGAUUGUUUUUUGUGUAUGGAUUUUGUAACUUUUUUUUAAUUCAGAGGAUCCCUGCAGCAUAAAAUACUUUAAAAUGAACAAAAUCCAUAACUAUAUGUAGAUUGUAUACAUUUGCUAAGUUAACAUUUAUUAGUACUUAAGCAUGCAGACUAAACACGGUGCCAUUCACAAUGGAGGUAAAUGUGAAGAUACGGUAUGGCUGCAUAACAUCAGCUGUGGUCCAUGCUGUACUACUGUAAAUUCAGUAACCACCUUCUUUAGGUGUUGUGGGAAGUCUGAGGUUACUUACAAACUUUCUGUUGCAUAGAGUUGACACCUAUAACUCUAGACGUUGGAUUUAUCAUAUACAAAGUUCAAGUUGGCUAUUAAUUUUCAUAUAUUUACUUAAGGGACUGUUGUGUGACUUUUCUUGGGAACAUGAGCAAGUGUAUAUUUACUGCAGAUAGGGAGGACAUCUCAAAACCUAAGGAAACUGAAUCCAAGUAUAGCUUAGAAAACCUAUGCGUGUAUUUGGGGUUAUAGGAUCAUGCAUGACUCAAAGGCAACUAGGUCACUGAAAAGUCCACUGAAGAAUUCCUGGAACUCCCUGCUCAUCUUGAAUCAAGAUUUACUUAUGGGAAAACUUUUGAGUAAACAGAGCUUCCAUUUUUAUUUUUCCUUUUGCCCAUGGUGUUCCAUUAUUUCAACUUAGAAAAUAAUAUUUUUUUAAUUAUAUGUGUAUGAGUGCUUUGCU